AUGUCCUCUCAUCCCGAGGGCUGUGUCAUUAUCACUUUGACGGAUGAGGAGACGACGGAUGAGGUCACACGGCUGGAGAACGGCACGUUUGGCCACGAAGAUGUGUGUGUGUUUAAGUGCUCGGUGUCCCGAGAGACAGAGUGCAGCCGCGUGGGCAAGCAGUCCUUCAUAAUCACCCUGGGCUGCAACAGCGUCCUCAUCCAGUUCGCCACUCCCAAUGAUUUCUGUUCCUUCUAUAACAUCCUGAAAACCUGUCGGGGCCACACCCUGGAGCGGUCGGUGUUCAGUGAGCGCACAGAGGAGUCCUCCGCCGUGCAGUAUUUCCAGUUUUACGGCUACCUGUCCCAGCAGCAGAACAUGAUGCAGGACUACGUGCGGACAGGCACCUACCAGCGCGCCAUCCUGCAGAACCACACGGACUUCAAGGACAAGAUCGUUCUGGACGUGGGCUGUGGCUCUGGCAUCCUCUCGUUUUUCGCCGCCCAGGCCGGGGCGAGGAAGAUCUACGCAGUGGAGGCCAGCACCAUGGCCCAGCACGCAGAGGUCUUGGUGAAGAGUAACAACCUCACUGAGCGCAUCGUGGUCAUCCCCGGGAAGGUGGAGGAAGUCUCGCUCCCCGAGCAGGUGGACAUCAUCAUCUCGGAGCCCAUGGGCUACAUGCUCUUCAACGAGCGCAUGCUCGAGAGCUACCUCCACGCCAAGAAAUACCUGAGGCCGGGGGGAAACAUGUUCCCCACCAUUGGUGACGUCCAUCUGGCACCCUUCACGGAUGAACAGCUCUACAUGGAGCAGUUCACCAAGGCCAACUUCUGGUACCAGCCAUCCUUCCAUGGAGUGGACCUGUCAGCCCUCCGAGGCGCUGCAGUGGACGAGUAUUUCCGGCAGCCUGUGGUGGAUACGUUUGACAUCCGGAUCCUGAUGGCCAAGUCUGUCAAGUACACGGUGAACUUCUUAGAAGCCAAAGAAGGAGAUUUGCACAGGAUAGAAAUCCCAUUCAAAUUCCACAUGCUGCAUUCCGGGCUAGUUCACGGUCUGGCUUUCUGGUUCGACGUUGCCUUCAUCGGCUCCAUAAUGACAGUGUGGCUGUCCACGGCCCCGACGGAGCCCCUGACCCACUGGUACCAGGUCCGGUGCCUGUUCCAGUCACCACUGUUCGCCAAGGCCGGGGACACGCUCUCAGGGACAUGUCUGCUUAUUGCCAACAAAAGACAGAGCUAUGACAUCAGUAUUGUGGCCCAGGUAGACCAGACGGGCUCCAAAUCCAGUAACCUCCUGGAUCUGAAAAACCCCUUCUUCAGAUACACAGGCACGACGCCCUCGCCCCCACCCGGCUCCCACUACACGUCCCCCUCGGAGAACAUGUGGAACACGGGCAGCACCUACAACCUCAGCAGCGGGAUGGCCGUGGCUGGGAUGCCGACCGCCUACGACCUGAGCAGUGUUAUUGCCGGCGGCUCCAGCGUGGGCCACAACAACCUGAUUCCUUUAGCCAACACGGGGAUUGUCAAUCACACCCACUCCCGGAUGGGCUCCAUAAUGAGCACGGGGAUUGUCCAAGGUAACGGCGGGCGGCGGGAGCGGGGUCCCGCGGGUGGAAAGCAGAGGCCUUAG